AUGCCGGCGGGCGGCGCUGCCACGCCCACGGACACGCGUGGGGCGGGCGCGCACUGCGACGCGGCCCCGGCUCGGCUCCGGCCCGCGGCCCCGGCGCCCUCACCUGCACGCGGGACGCGGCACAGCCCCGGCCUCGCCCGGCUGCGGGCACCGGACGGAAGUACCGGCGCUGUCCCGCCUCCCGCGGUCGCGCAUGCCCCGGCGGGGCAGGCGGCCGGGGAGCUGCGGCGGAUGCCGGAGGCGGUGCGGCUCCGCAAGCGGCGGUCGGUGCUGUACAGCUCGGCCGGCGGGGCCGCCGCGCAGCGAGGCGCCGGUGCAGCCGCGCCCGCCCCGCUGCUGGCGCUCGCCCUGGCGCUGCGGACGCUCAAUUGCUUCCUCGUGCAGACCAGCUUCGUGCCGGACGAGUACUGGCAGUCGCUGGAAGUGGCUCAUCGCAUGGUCUUCAAUUAUGGUUACCUGACUUGGGAAUGGACAAGUAGCUUAAGGGGCUACUCGUACCCACUGAUCUUUGCAAGCAUGUACAAAGCAUUACAGCUGCUGGCUAAGGAUAAUGUCCAGCUGCUGAUCUGGGUCCCUAGGCUUGCACAGGCAGUGCUGGCUGCUUUUGCUGAUGUGAAGCUUUACUCAUUAGUGCAACACCUUGAAAAUUCAGAAACAGCAAAGUUCGUGUUCUUCUGCCAACUCUGUUCCUGGUUUACAUGGUAUUCCUGUACCAGAACUCUAACAAACACCAUGGAGACUAUUCUUAGCAUUUUUGCUCUUUCCUUCUAUCCAAUAAAAGGCUCCAAGAUGGGGAACAGCUGUAAGUAUUUAGCUUUGGUUGCACUUGCAAUUGUUAUUCGUCCCACUGCUGUUAUCCUGUGGAUGCCUUUGGUCUUCAGCCAUUUUUUGCAAGAACAGAGGAAAACAGAUCUUAUCCUAUACAACUGCAUUCCAGUUGGAUUGGUCACAGUAGGAACCUCUUUAAUAAUUGACCGUGUGUUUUUUGGUGAGUGGGUACUGGUUCAGCUGAACUUCUUGAAAUUCAACGUGAUGCAGAAUUUGGGAACAUUUUAUGGCUCUCACCCUUGGCACUGGUACUUCACUCAGGGACUCCCAGUUGUCUUGGGUCCCCAUCUGCCAUUCUUUAUUCACGGCUGUGCACUGGCACCAAGGAGGUUCCAUGUCCUUCUGCUGGCAGUGAUCUGGACAGUGCUGGUGUACAGCACACUGAGCCAUAAGGAAUUCAGGUUCAUCUAUCCAGUACUGCCAUUCUGCAUGAUAUUUUGUGGAUAUUCUUUGAAAUAUCUGAAAGCAUGGAAGAAAACUACAGCAAGUUUCCUGCUGUUAUCCAAUUUAAUCCCAGCUCUGUACACAGGCUUGGUUCACCAGCGAGGCACUCUGGAUGUUAUGAGUCACAUCCAGCAGCUCUGCAAUCACUCUCAGCAGUCACAAGCCUUUGUCUUCAUCCUGAUGCCAUGUCACUCUACUCCAUUUUACAGUCAUGUUCACUGUCCUCUAAAAAUGAGAUUCCUUCAGUGUCCCCCAGACCUAACUGGCAAUGCGAGCUACGUUGAUGAAGCAGAUAUGUUUUACUCUAACGCACUUGGCUGGCUGAAUAAGGAGUUUUACAAUGACACAUUAUUACCCAGUCACUUGAUCCUCUUCAAUGUGCUAGAAAAGGAAAUAUCAUCAUUUCUAGCUUUAAGGGACUAUGAGAAAACAGCCACUGUCUUUCAUACUCAUGUACCUCAAGGACGAGUUGGAAGCCACAUCUCCAUCUACAGGAGAAAAACUGAAAUGAAUUUUCUCUGAAGAUCAGUGGCUAGACCUCGGACCAGAUCAGUUUUGCAUAGCAGUAGCUAUGCUUACUCCUCAUGGUGCAAAAGGAGAAAGCAGGGAGUCGGAAACUGGGAAAGUCAAUGGGAGGUCCCAUGAGGCAGCCAUGGCUGCCUGCAAACACAAAAACCUCCUGAAGGCAGCUUCAGUAGCAGUAGGGCAGGGUGGGGUUGCUGACCUACCUUACAACACUAGAAAGCAUUGGGAAGACCAAAAUUACCAUAUGAAUACUUAAGCAACAAAAUACAGACAAGACUGGACUGUUUCUAUAGAACUGUAUAACUAUGCUGAAUUUCUUUUAUAAAUAAAGACGUUUACCCACAA